UUAGCGGGCCCACUUUGCUCUCAUUUCAAUUUACGCUUUGCCAAAUACUAUUCAAGUUUUCAAUUACUAUCUAAGUGAUAUGCACUUAUAACAAUAGACGUGAAUCAAGGAUUUGCUAUCGGACAAUCAUGAUGCCAGUUAUACUCUUAGCAUUUGUGUUCCUUUCAAAUGCCUACGCUUAUCACGACCCGGACCUUAACUACCAUUUAAGCCAAGUGCAAACUAUACAAGGCUGUGGCGAUGGCGGCUACUCAUAUCCCACUCCAUCUGUGCAAUUAACUACAGCCGGUGUACAGGCAACAGCAGCACAACAAUUCUUUCAACCAAUUCAACAAUCAGCAGGAAAUGCGUACAAUACUCAAGGUGGAUACGCAAAAACAACCUUCUUCGAACCAGCUCCUCAACAAGUGUCAUAUCAAUCCCAUCCGGGUUACCAAGGCCCCCAAAAUUUUGGCGACCAACCGUACAGUAGUGCACAGAGCGAACAGCAUGGUUAUGCAACUUCUGAAGGACUGUCAUCUGCGGCGCAAACUAGAACUGUGAUCCCAUCGGCUACUUACGCUCAAGCUCCUAUAAUAGCGAAAAUAACAGCAGCUCCAUUGCAUGCCAAAUUCUCUUUGGCACCAGCGAAAACAACCUACAACACUCAAAACUUUGUAUCCCAAGGAAAUGUAAUUGCCACGGGCUCAUUAGCCAAGGCAUCUUUAAAUUCUUACAGUGCCCAAUCAAUUGGACCAGUGGUAUCUCAAGUGUUCGCCGCUCCCAGUGCCGGUUACCAAACUUCACCCGCAUUAAGGGUUCAACAAGCAAAUCCCGCUAUUUUCGCUUCAGCGUCAAACCAAUACAAUCAAGGUUAUACAAAUACUGGUUAUACAUCAACUUAUAACCAGUACAAUCAAGGAUCCUUGAAUGCAGCAAAAGUACAAACAUUGUACAGUGCCCCUCCAGUUUAUAGAGCCCCGCAAGCAGCUCAAUAUUCUGUAAAUCAUAGACAAAUCAACCAACAUGCAGCUGUACAGUACUCUGCACAGCCUGUAGUGCAGUAUUCACAGCCGGCUUUAGUACAAUACAAGGCUCCCGUGAUCACUCAGCACGUCGCACCUGCAAUUCAAUAUGCUCCGGUUUCCCAAAGUGCAUCCAACAUCGGCCACUACACACCGGCUGCGGUACAACAGGUCGUCCCUGCAGUACAGCAAGUCUCUCAUCUAAGUGUGGCCUCUGGAUCUUCCGCACAUCAUUCUAAGAAUGUGCACACGGAAUUUUUGGAAAACUACGAUGCUCACCCUCGGUAUGCUUUUGAGUACGGCGUAAAUGACCCACAUACUGGUGACAUCAAACAGCAAAAAGAAGAACGUGAUGGAGAUGUCGUCAAAGGUCAAUAUUCACUGGUAGAACCGGACGGCUCCGUGCGUACUGUGAACUACGUCGCCGAUUGGGAAACUGGUUUCCACGCUGACGUACACAAUAGCAAAUACAGGAAACAUUGAAAAUUCCUAGAUACUAAAUACGACCAAAUGCGAAGCCGAGUCAGGACUAUAGGUUAAGAUUUAAAAAAAUUUGCUAAGGUUUAAAUUUAGAACGCUGUAACAAGGCUGUAACAGUUGGAACAUUCGAGAAUAAUUCAAUUUUUUUAGUUAAUAUCUAAAGAGACCAGGAAAUCAUGUCACAAAAUGACCUACUACCUAUGUAUGUAUGUUUUAAACUUUUUGUGUCAUAGCAUUUAAAUUUUAUUGGUUAAAUUUUUUCUCGUAAUUUUUAAUACCUUUUAAAAACUAACUGAUGGUUGUUACUUGCUUUAUUCGUGCCAUAAAUUUUAUGUCCUAUUUUUUACUUCUAGCUCGAAAUCCGCAUCACAUUUUAAUUAGUAAGUAAACCUAAUUUAAAUUAAAAAUUUAAUGAAAAUGCCUAUGUAUAGCAUGUAUUUUUAAUGAUUUACUCGAAUAACGAAGAUGUAAAUAAUUUAGGU